UCAGCCUUGCUGGUUUCUCCAGUUGGGUUCAGGGAUCUAUCUUUUCUCAGGAUUCGUGUGUUUAAGUGUCAAAAGCCUGCCACAGCUGGUCUACGGAUCUACCAGAAAGAGAUAUCCUGAUAUCUGUGGAAAGAUGAUGGCGCCUGCUUCCAAGAAAACCAUGUGCCUGGCAACUACAGCUGCUCUCGGCCUUGUCUGCUGUGUUUUUGCAUUCCUCCUGUAUUUUGAGCCUCCAUCUCCUGUUUGCCCAUCUACAUUAACCAAUGUGAAAGAUUAUGAAGACGUGGUUCCAAAUGAAAAGCCCAUAGUCCUGCUGUGGUUCUGGCCUCUCGGUGUGAAGUUUGAUUUCAAAGCUUGCUUAACCUACUUCAACAUUGAUAGCUGUGUUCUGACGGAUGACAGAACGCUGUACAGCCAAGCAAAGGGAGUCAUUUUCUACCAUAAAAACAUAGGCGGUGAUCUGAAAAACAUGCCGCAGGAGCCACGUCCAGCUUUUCAGAAGUGGAUUUGGUACCAUGUGGAAUCCCCAACGAACACGGGUAGGAUACCAGGUCUGGAAAACCUGUUCAACUUAACACUGAGCUACAGAAGAGAUGCUGACAUUACGGCGAGAAACGAGCUUACAAUCAGGAAGACAGACGUGAAAGAGGACUUUGUUCUGCCCAAGAAAGACAAACUAGUGUGCUGGAUUGUCAGUAACAAAAACCCAGCCACGGGAACAGCUGUGAGAGAAAGCUAUUACAAGGAACUGUCCAAACACAUUAAGAUCGAACUCUUUGGUACAGCCUAUACAGGGCACCGUUUGAGUUAUGAGGAGUAUUACUCAACCAUUGCCAGCUGUAAGUUUUACCUCUCAUUUGAGAACUCGCUCCACAGAGACUACAUCACGGAGAAGGUCAACGGGCCCCUCGUGGCGGGGACGGUUCCUGUAGUUUUGGGUCCGCCGAGAGAAAACUACGAGGAGUUCCUUCCCUCCGACGCCUUCAUUCACAUAAAUGAUUUCCCCGACGCAAAGUCGCUGGCUAAGUUUCUGCUGGACAUGACGGACGCGGCGUACACGCGUUACUUUGAGUGGAGGAAGUUCUACGAGGCCACCCCUCACCUCCUGUCAAUCUACAACGAAUUCAUUCAGCCCAUCUGCCUCGCCUGCGACCACAUGUCAAGAGACGUGUAUUACCAUGUAGAUCAUGACCUGUAUAAGUGGUACUUGACAUGAGAAAUGUCAACCAGAAGGCCCCCCUUUUCAUAGUGGCUCACACAUGGACAUUAAUGCACAAAUUUAAACACAAGCUACUUGAAUAUUCUGCCAUCAUUUGGCACAUGUUAAACACUGUAUUCAGUUUAAAGUGGUUGUGAUAAACUGGCUGAAAUAAGCCGGGAAAUGGUUUGUACAUUUUGUGAGUUUAUUUUCUCUAUAUUGCCAGUAGAUGGUUAGCAUAGCUUAGCAUAAAGACUGGAAAUGUAAAAAAAAAAAAAAAACACAGCUGGCCUGGC